CCAUUUUGAAUAGCCAUGUAAUCGGGGAUUCGCAUAGUUUGUGUGUGUAUCGCCCACUGCGCUGCGUAGUGUCAACAAGCGACAUCCAAACAUCCUUCGACAUGGACGACCUCUUCAGUCCGCGGAGGAGCCUGAACAGCACACAGGGCGAGAUAAGAGUGGGGCCAAGUCAUCCCACAAAGAGCAUGGCAGCAUUUGCAGGGAUGUGUGAUGGUGGAUCAACAGAGGAUGGAUGCUUAGCAGCUUCCCGUGAUGACACCACACUCAAUGCUCUCAACAUGCUACAUGCAAGUCAUUAUGAUGCAGCAAAAGCUCUCCAGCGUCUGGUUAAGAAGCCUCUGCCAAAGCUUAUUGAGAAAUGCUGGUCGGAGGGUGAUGUGAAACAUUUCAUCAAAGGCCUGAGACAGUACGGAAAGAAUUUCUUCCGCAUCCGGAAAGACUUUUUACCCAGCAAAAAGACUGGAGAGCUGAUCACUUUUUAUUACCACUGGAAGAAAACUCCUGAAGCUGCAGGAACAAGAGCUUAUCGACAGCAACGGCGACAGCCGUCCUCUCGCAAGGCAAAGACUCGCUCUGCAGCAGCUCCAGUAAACACCCCAUCACGAAAUUAUUCAGUGGACAUGAGUUCUGCCAGUGAGGAUGAUCUUGAUAGUGAAGACAGUGAACAGGACAUCAAGAGCUGCAGCCACUGUGGUACAACAAGUUCUAAAGAUUGGCACCAAGGGGGAAGAGAUAACACUUUGCUUUGCACAACUUGUCGCACAUAUGAAAACAAACACGGAUGCCUGCCGCCAGCUCCAAAAUCUGCAGGCGCUUCAUUCAUGUUUAAACCUGUUAAAGAGGAAGAAGAGGUGAACAGCAAGCAUGGCAUGAGGACACGGCGAAGCAGAGCACCUCAGCUGUCAUCUCUAAGAAGUGGCCACAGGAGGCUCACAGGAUCCCCCACCAGUGAGGAUCAGCAGUCCAGUAACCAGCCCUCCCCUAGCGGAGUGACUUCUAACUCUCUGAGAUCGUCUUUCACAGAUAAUAAGAAUGAAUCCACUAAGAGAACAACCAAGAAGAUAAAAGAGGAGGUAUCGUCACCAAAGACAACAAAACGUGUACGGGAGAGUCCCACUCAGGAGCCUGAAAAAGUUACACCUAAAAGGCCGAAGACACAGGAUCCACAGGGCUCCCGGUCAGAGGGAGAAGCCGAGAUAGAGGAGGAGAGCUCUUCAGAAAGCCGCAGCGCUCAGGAUGAUGGCAGCAGUGACACCAAAGACAUUGAUCAGGACAACCGCAGCUCCUCUCCCAGCAUUCCCAGCCCUCAACAGGGCAACGAGAGCGACUCUGACUCAUCUGCCCAGCCAAACGGCGUCCCAUCAGAGCCUGUUGCCCAAGCUGCUGUGUUGGCUGACACACCAGUCCUGCAGGCCCUCCCCUCUCAGCGUCCCGCCAUUACUCCUCAGCCACCUCAAAGCACCCCCUCUGCUGAGCCCGCCCAGAGCCCCCCUCCUCCUUCUCCAGACCCCCCUCAGCCAGCCACGGGUCAGCCACCUGCCACAGGGGGUCCAAACAGCCGACCACAGCCCACUUCUCACUCUCUUUCUGGUCCGCCUCUUCUACCGUCAGCAUUGGGUCAGGACCCUCUUUUUCCAGCAUUUCAGGUCUCCCCUGCUCUUAACUCUGCGCAGCCUCUGCAGUCACAAGGCCCAUCACCUCAGGCCCCUCCACGUCCUCCACCCUUCUUUAGGGAGUCGCAGCUCCCACAGCCUCCUCUGUCUGGUCCACAAAUCAAGCCUCCCCCCACCACCCCAAUUCCACCUUCACACAAACAGCUACCCCACCAGUCUGCUACACCUUUCCCCCAGAUGCCCUCCAAUCUCCCCCCUCCGCCUGCUCUAAAGCCCCUCAAUUCUCUGCCCAACCAGCAUCCUCCAGGUGCUCCACCUCCCCCUCUUCAGCUCAUGCCACAGCCUUUGCCAAUGCAGUCACUUCCAGCCCAACUUCCAGUGAUCUCUCAGGUGCAAACCCACCCCGGAAAAAGCAUAACGUCUUCUCAACCACCUGCUGCAGCCUCUCACCCUCUCACCUCUGUAACACCAUCUGCUAUUGGCCCUGUCCCAAGCCUCCAGCCAUCAUUCCUGCCUCUUCCUCGGAGACCCUCACCAAGCAGCACAGCUGGGGGAUCACAUGUGCAGAUUAAGGAGGAGCCUCUGGAUGAGAUGGAAGAGGUAGAGAGCCCACCGUCUCCACCUAGGAGCCCCUCACCAGAGCCCACCAUCGUUAACAUGGCAAGCCAUGCCAGCCAGUCUGCACGGUUUAUCAAGCACUUGGAUCGUGGUUACAACUCCUGUGCUAGAACAGACUUGUUCUUCACUCCACUUUCGUCUUCCAAAUUGGCCAAGAAAAGGGAGGAGGCCGUGGAAAAGUCUAGGAGAGAAGCUGAACUCAGUGCCCGGCAAGAGCGUGAGAGGGAGAGGGACAAAGAACGUGAGCGAGAAAGGGAGGCUGACAGAAACGCUAGAGCCACCAGCUCCUCCCAUGACAGUCGUAUGAGUGAGGCCCAGAUGACAGCUCAAGGCCAUGGACGCCCCUCCUUCGAGCAGCCACCCACCACUGUAGCUGCUGUGCCUCCUUAUAUUGGCCCUGAUACACCUGCGCUGCGCACCCUGAGUGAAUAUGCCCGACCGCACGUCAUGUCCCCCACCAACCGCAACCACCCUUUCUACGUGUCCCUGAGCCCCGGUGACCCACUGCUGGCCUACCACAUGCCGGGCUUGUACAGUGCUGAACCCAGCCUGAGAGAGCGCGAGCUGAGGAACCUCAGAGAGAGAGAGCUCCGCGAGAGGAUGAAGCCUGGCUUUGAGGUCAAGCCCCCAGACCUGGAAACCUUACACCCUUCGGCCAACCCCAUGGAGCACUUUGCCAGACAUGGCGCACUGGGUCUUCCUCACAUACCCGGGCCCCCCCACCCCUUCGCACCCUUCCAUCCCGGGCUGAACCAUCUGGAGCGGGAGAGGAUGGCACUGGCAGGACCUCAGCUGCGCCCGGAGCUGAGUUACGCCGAGCGACUCACUGCAGAGCGGCUGCAUGCGGAGAGGAUGGCCUCUGUGGCGACUGACCCUGGUGCCAGGCUGCAGAUGCUCAACGUGACACCGCAUCAUCACCAGCACUCUCACAUUCACUCUCACCUCCACCUGCACCAACAGGACCCCCUCAGUCAAGGCUCAAGCCCUCAUCCUCUAGUGGACCCUCUGACAACAGGACCACGUUUGGCCCGAUUCCCCUUCCCUGCUGGUCCGAUCCCCAACCCUUUACUCAGUGAUCUUCCUCAUGAUCAUGAGAUGCUGCGCCACCCAUUGUUUGGAGCUGCAUAUCCACGAGAGCUGCAGGGCCCGAUCCCUCAGAUGUCUGCUGCUCACCAGCUCCAAGCCAUGCAUGCUCAGUCUGCAGAGCUGCAGAGGAUGGCUAUGGAGCAGCAGUGGCUGCAUGGGCAUCACCUGCAUGGAGGCCCCCUACCAAGUCAGGAAGAUUACUACAGCCGUCUGAAGAAAGAAGGUGACAAGCCAUCUUGAGUGUCAGGUGGUGCAUGUCCUGAAACCCUACACUUAUACCCAAUAGAAUACUGUGUACUUUUGAAACUGUAAGAGAAUAUUUGUGUGUCAUUUUUUUUUUUUUGGUUUAAUAUAUUUUAGAGAAUACUUUGUGGAUCUUUAUGUAACAUUCCUCGUUCAGCACUUAAUGGGACUGUCAAAGUCUGUCUGAGAUUUUCAUAUCACUUAAGACUUUACACUAGUUUUAUUAUCACAAUAAAGAAAGAUCUCACUUAUUCGUAUUAGAUUUAAAGUGACAGAUUUUCUCUAACAGACUGUAAAACUGUUUGAUAUGCAGUGAUUUAAAUUUGCUUAAAUACAGCUCUUAUAAAGGAUAUGAAAACAGACUGACUUUGGUGUUAAGUUUAAAAACCCCCAUGAUGAUUUCUAAAUGAUUUUCCUUGUACAGAAUGACAUUUUAAUCAGUGUUUGAAUGAUUGUAACGACCUAGCAUGACUCAGUCUUCAGUUUUCACCAAACUAGAGUAGCAAAUUGCAUUGUGGUGUUUAGACUCUGAAAGUAUAGUAGAGGUUGGUUUUACUCUUAAAUCUGCUAAAUAUUUGUCUAAAUCCUAAAGUUUUAUAUAUCAAGAUAUCUUUUCACAAUUUAACCGAAGCCUUUAUUCGCUUGGAUCAUUUUUGAGAUUGUAAAUAUUACAUGUUCACAAUAUCCUAUAUGAAUGAGUGCUAUUGAUAUAGCAGUAGAUGUGAACACCUGACCCCUGAUUCAGCACGAUAGCAGUAAAUCAUAAGCUAAAAACAGUAUAUAGUAUUAUAAGCUGAGAUAAUUAUUAAUUGGACCAUGGUCUGUCACUACAGACACAAAGUUUUAUUAGAACAGCAUAUUUACUUCAUUUUGAUGAGAAUAACUGAAUUGGAGAAACUAAAUUUUUAAUGGAAUUUUAAAAAGAACUGCAUCUAAAUUCAAUAUUUAUGUGAUAUAAUAUGAAAGUGUAUCCAUUGCAUAUUUAUUUCAAUAAAUAUUUCUGCAGUGACACCUUAUUUUCUUUGCACAUGGAGUUCUUCUGUGCGGAGAAAAAAAAAACUGUGGUACAAACUGUAGAAAAAUAGCAGUAUAGCUGCUGCUAGUGUUGUUGUUUCCUGCACCCAUCAACUUUGACAGACAUGAGAGUUAUACAUUCAUGGUUUUAUUGCAUUAAAUCACUUAUGCAGCAAAUCUGUCAUAUAUGCAAAAUCACAUGUUUUGUUUGACAAGAGAUGUUGAAGUGUUGCAACAACUAUUUGCUUCUAGAUCUUUACACAAAAUAGUUUUUAAACAGUGGCACUGACAACAACAAAUCAUGUAGCGUUAGUAACUAAGAGCAUUUGAGACAACAGCGCCUAAUGGAAAUGUCAUUGAUGAAGUUAGUCAAAGCUACAAAUGAGAAAAUCGUUUAGCUUGAAAUUUGUUUGAAUAUAGCAUGGGACAGAUCUCUUUUUGCAUCACAGCAGAUCCUGCACUGGCCGUUCGACUAUACAGCAUUAUAGACCAGCGGAUCCCAACCUGGGGGUCGUGACCCAAGAUAAAACAAAAUUUUGCUACUAAGAAUUAUGUUUAUAUUCCAGACUUGUUUCUAAUCUUUGCUUUU